CUUUUAUUUAUUGGAUAAUGACGCUCAACAAAGAUCCAUAUCCAUAUCCACAAAAUAUAAUAUACUCAAAUAAUCACAACAAUAAUGAUGAUGAUUCAAUAUUUGGCGAAGCCUAUCCAGAUGGAUUAAUUAAGCAGUUUAAAAGACCUUUAGAUUUAAUAUUGUCACCAGGAAACACUGAUCCAAAUAAUAAAUGGAAACUUUUAUAUGUUCACCGUUUAGAAGGGCCAAUAACACAUAUAUCGAGCUUUUACCAUGACAAUGAUUUAUUAGAAAUUGAGUCAAGUGAAUCUGGACCAAUUCAAAGAAUUAAAAAAAACUUGCCAAAUGUCCAAACAUCAACUGUACUUUGUAGAGUUUAUGCUGUACCAGGAGUAAUUUGUGUUUUGAAUGCUACAGUGAUUGCAAAUGAAGAAAAUUGGAUCUUUGAAGUUUCAGUAACUCAUAAUUCAACUUAUACUGAUGCUGUUGAUGGAAUCAAAGAUUCAAAUUGGAGAACAAAAUCAUUAAGAAUUUAUACGCCAUCAAUUAAAAGAUCAAGUUCAGAUAUUGAAUUUGUAUAUGGAUUAACACCUAGUCAACCUGUAUUAGUUCCAAAACCAAUAGUUGAAACGCAUCUAACGGAAGCAUACACUGUUAGGAGUGAAUAUCUUCCUGUGUUAGAUGAAUGGUCAUUACAG